UAGCUUAAGCUGUAUAUUAUGAUCUAUCUGUUCCAUUGGUCUAGUCCUGCAUUUUUUUCCAUCUAAAUUGUAAUUGAUGAUGCAAAGCUAUCGUGUAUCUCUUUCUCUUUUGGGCUAUCUUCUUAACUUAGAUGCUUUUUGUGUGCUGCUACAGAAUUCUUCUCUUGGCUUACAUAUGGAGAAGAAAAACUAGAUUCACAGAAGUGUUCUUAUAUUUUCUUGUUGGCCAAAUUUUAAACUUUUGGUAAACUUAAAAUCUAGGAGUUGUCUCCACCUUUGUGUUUGCCUGGUAGUUAUCUUCUUGAUCAUUUGGUACAUCGCACAGGGUCAAGGCUAAAGAAUGGUUUUGUAAAUUUAAAGACUUCUGAAUAGUUAAUGCCAAAUUUGGGUCUUUUGAUGCUGUGUGCCUGUGCCAUGCAAGUGUCCGUUAAUGCAUCAAAAUAAACUAUUUAGUGGUCAAACUAAAAAUGACUUGUCCAGAUGACUUCCAGUUCAGGAACAAAAAUGAAUAAAACUUCCAUGUCUAGAAAGUAGUUUGACAGUCUGUUCUAGAGAGGUUACACUCAAUAACUAUAAAUAUCAAUGACUUACUAAUUUGUAUAUUUUUAGGCUGUUGUCCUUUGAAGAUAUCACCAAAGGACCGACUGAUCUCGUUCAUAUCAAUCUAGAGAUGUGCAGUAUGCAUGGUUCGAAAUCUCAGCCGAGAUAUUGCUGAUAUCUCGGAAAUUUCGGCCUUUUUUUUUUCUUUUUACCAAGACUAAACGGCUUACAAAAUGAAAAAAGUAUAAUGUUUCGGUCAAAAUUUUGGUAUCUCACCGAAAUUUCAUGUAACAUUUCGGUAUCUCGCAGAAAUGUUACAACCCACAUGCUAUUUAUACAUCAUUUCGUGAGGAGUCUAAAUUUCGACUCCAACUUGACUGUAACUUCACAAAAUCAGUGCAUUGCCAAGUUUUUUGCCACAUCAUCACAUCUAUUCAAUUGAAGAUCAGUUGAAUAUCUACACAUUUCCAAGCUUUGGAAAGGUAAACCACUUUCCCCAAAACCAUUUUUUUUGAAGUAGUCACAUAAACAUGUUGGUUAGGGAUAAAUUGUUUUAUAUGUUAGACACUAGAGGCCGAUCUAUGACCUUACGGAGUCGAAAUUUUUUCUCGGUUCAUAAUUUUUUUUCCUGGUUUAAAAAAUACAUUUUUCAUCAACAUAAAAUGGAAAAAAUGAUGUUUAAUAUAGCUUUGAUGGAAUGCAAUUAUAUAUAUGUUAUUCACCAUUGGCUGAUCUUUGACUCUUGGAUUGAAAUUUUUUUCCAGCCGAAAAAUAUUUAUUUUAAUUUUAAAAAAAUAUGACAAAUAGAUUAAUAAUUAAAAAAAUAGGGAAAAAUCAUGUAAAAUACAAGAUGCAUUCAUGACAGUUAUUGAAAGAAUGGUGCCCGACUUAGCUGUGCAAGACAAGAUCAUACGUGAGUCUCAAAUGUACAGAAAAUGUGAAGGUAGCUUUUCAAGGAGUUUGGCUAUUAAACAACGGAAAGCCGGUGAAGGAGCAUUGGAUCCUAUCUCUUGGUGGGAAACACAUGGAUCUUUGGCCCCUACGCUUCAACAAUAUGCAAUACGCAUAUUAGGCCUUUGUUGCUCCGCUUCCGGUUGUGAGCGCAAUUGGAGCACAUUUGAUUUUAUUCACACCAAGAAGAGGAAUAGACUAGAACAUCAGCGCUUGAAUGAUCUAGUCUAUAUCCAAUACAAUCGUCGGCUUCAUUCAAGGUUCCAAGAAAGAAGGGAAAAAGGCAGCAAUUGUGAUCCAUUAAUUCUUGAUGAAAUGAAUUGGAGUAGUGAAUGGAUAACAGGGGAUCAAGAAGAUGGAGAUUUAGUCCAUCCUGGAGACGACCUCACAUGGGGAGAUGUUGAUAGAGCAAUUGGUGCAUCUACAUAGGUGGGGGGUCGUAAUUUACCUAGGAGGGCUCAAGGAUCAACAAGUGCAGCCAAUAUUUGCUACACACGUCGUGGUAGGGGAAGGGCCACUAUUGAGGAAUCAUCACAUGAUGAAGUUGAAGAAGAGGUCCACGAUGUGGUGUGUGAUGAUGAAGAUAUUGAAGAAGACUUUGGUGAUGGGCCAACUGAUUCUAUGAAUCAACAACAGGAGGGAGAAGAAUUAGAUGUUGAUUUGUUAGCUUGAUUAUGGUUAAACAAGAACAAAGUUUAGCUUGAUGGUUUAUUUUGUUGUUUGAAAAUUUAUACUUUAAAGCUUACUAAAGUUUAGCAUUUUGGUUUAUUUUUAUGUUUCUUAAUUUCCAUUAGGUGUUUUUAAUUCUCCCCAGGUAGGAUUGGAACACAUAGCCUAUCACCUAUCAUAAGUCAUGACUCAUAUAUUAAGGAACAAGGUUUCUCUUGUUGCUUAGUGUUUUAG